AAUGUAACCUCGUAAUUUCAGAGUUCCCAGUUGUUUUGAACGCGGCAAUAGACAUGUGUCAUUGUGGAUUCCACCGCGUGCAUCUCACCCUGCUAAAUUGAGGCGCCAAUUACCACAAGUGGUUUUGGCUGUGCAGUGGCUGAUUUGACAACAAUACAAGUGGAAACGUUCUAGAAGAGUUCCUGAUCCUGGUAUCUGUUUAGCCCCAGCUGGUUGACCACUGUAUCAGGGGCAAUGGAGAGGCCUAACCAGCCUCUGAAGACAAUAUUUCAUAGGCUAAGUAGUGCAAAACCAAGAGGAGAUAAUAAGAGUUUUGGGCACUUGAGACCGCUCUCUCUUUAUUCUAGAAUGAUAACUUGUGAAAACGGUAGGGUUAGUCCUAGCGGCACUAACCAGUCAUGGAAUUCAUCCAAUCCAUUCUGCAACUUGAAAAUAGAGAUUGUGAACAGCAAUGCCCCUACAAGACACAAGAGGCGAUUGGAUGACUCCUGCCUUGAUGACACGUACGAGACUAAGUACAAAAAGCCCUGCAGUCCUAAGGCCAUCUCCCCAGACCUGGCUUGUGUUGUAGUUUCAUGUAACACCCUUCCAGAUGUAGCCACUGUCUCCCCCACCACUGACCUCCAAAAAGUGCCAUCUAGUGUUGAAAAUACAGUCAAAGAUAAAGGUACAUCAGAAGCUGUGAUAUGUGUGCCAAACUCUGAUCAUAUCCAGUGUGGCCAAGCAGGAGAGGCUGGAAGUAGACAAGGUGGUGCUGCAGCUCCAGGCGGCCCCGUAUCAAACGAGUCUGAGGCCUGGUCUGAGACCCUGAGCCAUGAGCCUGAGAAAGUCUCGAUGGACCUUGGUCCUGUUUUUGACUUUGACGUUGACGACAUCAUGUGCCUGAGCCCCAUUGACAGCGACAGGGAGAGCGAUGAGGGCAUUGAAGCCUUUGUCGAUAGCUGUAAAAGUUUUUACGACGACCGCACCCGUAACCCCAGUGACGGCGACACCCAGCAAACUAAGCCUUUCUUAGCUCAUAGUCCAACACAGGACCAGGUUUCAAGGGAGGGAUAUGACGUAGGAGAGAGGGAGGAGGGGAAAGGAGAGAAGAUGGUGGGAGAAGGAGAAAGGGGUAAAGAGGGCAAUGAGGAGAAAAACCAUCAGGAGGAAGAGGAGGUUGGAAGCAUUGAGGAUUUUUUCUCCAGGUCCUACCUUGAGGCACUUAAAGCAGGAAAGGAUGUGUCUCAGGCUGUGCCACCCCUGCAGCCCCGCAUCUCGUCCAGCCCUUUGUUUAGGGGGAGGGAGGUGAUGCAGAGGCUGCAGGUGGCUGUGUCAGAUGAGGGGGAGCCUCCAUGUCCUCCAGGGUUCCUUGAUCCCAAUGGGGACCAGGCUAUGGUUUGCCAGCCGCACUACUCUUUCACUUCGGAGGAUGUAGCUUAUGGGUUAUAUGGGGCACCUCUGGUCCCAGUGGAGGGUGCAGAUGAGGGCUUGGAGGGCACGGCAGAGGACGAUUGGAGUAUCGGUGCCCCGAUACUGGAGUCCUCAUUGUGUCACAUUGCCCCAGUGGAGUUCAAUGCGGGUUGUGAGGGAAAUGUGGUGGAGGGGCGGGGGGGUGGGCUUGAUUCAGUUCAGGAGUGCCAGGUCACACUCCUGGCCGAAGAGGUAACCGUGGAGACCAGGUACGAGAACGCCUUUCCUCUCCAAGUCCAGGUGAGGUCAGUAUUGGUGGUUCCCAGCGUGCAGCAGAGCAGCAGCAGCCAACCCUCAACGCCGCCUGAGCAGAAAGUGUCUGAGACCCGGCCAGUGGUCUAUGACAGGGAGGAGGACUGGCAGCGUGAGAAGUGGCUCUAUGUGGACUCAGUCACCAGACACAUAAGGGAGAACAUUGGUGCAGGAGAAGGGGUGAUGACUGAGCUGCUGAACCUGAUGAACCAUGUGGCUGAACAGGGACCAGGCACCAACGGCAGGCAGUGGCAGCACCCCUCGGAUCUCACCCGCAGCAUGGAGGAGGAGGUGUGA